GGCGAACUCCCACGCUCUGGACAUGAGCCAGAGCUCUGCCGGCUCCCCGCGCCCGCUGCUGCACCGUUGACCCCAGCUCAGAUCCUGUCAAAUCAUGGGCGAGAACUGAACGUCGUCUGAAGCACAUAAUAACCCGAGUCGCAUCUCGUUCCGCGGGGUUUCGAGCUCGCGGCUCGACAUCUGUCAAGCUGCAUCCAAUAUUCUGACAAUCCAAUGAACGCGCGCUGUCGCACCUCCAGUCUACACGUAAACAAGUAAACAAUCAACCGCAUGACGCUGGUCGCCAGUCGUUCCUCUCCUAGCCGCCACGCCGUUUUGCAGUUUUGCAACCGCGUCCAUGCGAUUGAGUAUGAUGCCAACAACAAAGAAGAAGCUGGGGUCGAUCGGUCUGUUCAUGCGACAGGCCGACGGCGCCGUGAGUGGUCCCGGGGCAAGUCCCAGGGCAGGCGGAGUGGGCCUUCCCGCAACGCCUGUGCCGACGAGCCAUUCGCAUGGGUCGCAGCUUCCUCAGCUGCAGCCCCCACCAGAAAUCAUUGCUGCGAGGCAGGAGGCGCGGCAAGAACGACCACAACAACAACAGCAGCAGCAGCAGCAACCUGAUACGCCGGCAACUGCCAGGUCAAUACCAGUGCCCCGAGCUGGCCGACACACGGCCGUUUCUCAGCCAACCGCGACAAUGAGUCUCCCGGCGCCGCAGCAUUUCCACCCUAUGCAGCGGACCAGGACGUCUGCCUCAGACACGGCACGCGAACCCCAACGGGGCACCAACGGGUGGGAGGACUCGACAGUCGCCUCCAUGUUUGGUGGAGACAACGAGAGCAGAGCUGCGUCGGAAAGGCUUCGUGUGCCCCAAGCAGGCCACGCGCGCCAUAGCAGCGAUGCUCCGCAGAGGGCCCUCCCUCUCCCGCCCACUCGCAUCCGGCCUAAGCACGACGAGAACCUGCCGUUUGUUAUUGGCGAGAACGGAAUUCUCAAGGUCAUCCCGCCGCCCAGCAUUCAGAAGGUGCCCGACACAGCUCCCUUGGCCAUCAAUGCCGCGACGCCGGGUGACAUCUUUGACGACCAGAGUGUCAAACAGGAAGGCGCAUAUCAUGAAGCUCGGCAGCUCUAUGAGACACCCACCAGAGCCAGCGGGCUGAGGCGCACCAAGCUGGCAUACCGAGACAACCGCAGCAACGCAUCGUCGGAACGGACCGGCCCAGGACACUCACCUGAGUCUCAGAGUCUGAACCUGUCACCGGAGCGGCAGACCGAGGCAGGCGGCCACAUCGACAAGAUCCGGUUACAAGAGCGGCUGGCGCGUGACCGCGAGCGGCAACGGGAACGCGAGCGCGAGAGGGAGCGCGAGAGUGAGAGAGAGAGGGAGCGGGAGAGGGAACGGGAGAGGGAACGCGAGAGGGAACGAGAGAGGGAACGAGUGCGCGCACAGGAGCACGAACUCCUACACAAGCGGUCGACCGUGUUCGAGAAUUUGACGCCGCUCGAGUUCGACGACCUCCCGGACUUCAACGACACCAAGGCAGCAGUCAUCGCGCCCAGCACGGGCGUGGACCCGGAGGCGCUCAAGGAGGCUCUGCAGCGCACCCCGCGGGCAAACCGCCAACAACUACCGCCGCAACAACCCCAGCUCUUCCCACCGCAGCCCCCGCUCGGGCGGACAGCCAGUCGGAGGCAGAAAGAACCUCCCAAGGAGCCAGGCCCCAUCGCCUCCGCCUCCUCCCGCAAGCGCCGCCAAAGCCUCGACUACAACGACGCCGAGCUGCACGCCAUGAGCUACUCGGAACUGCGCACGCAAGCCUUCGACUUUGACCCCCAAACCGCCGCCCUCCAGCAAUCUUCCGCGCCGCCCGCGGGGGGCACCAUCGAGGAACGGUUGGAGCACUACAAGCGCAAGGGCAGCAUGGACCAGCACGAGUUUUUUGCGCGCGUGUCGGUCGACGAGUGGGACGAGGCGGGCGACUGGUUCCUGGCGCAGUUUGGCGCCGUCGUGGGCCGGCUCAAGGCGGCGCGCAGAGCGAAGCGGCAGCUGGUGCAGCGGUUCGAGGACGAGAUUUCUGUGCGGGAGGAGGCGAUCCGGGGCAAGGUGGAGGGGAUUGAGCGCACGCUUCAAGAGUUGAAGGAGGAGGGGAAGAACAUGAUGGAGGGGAAGGAUGUCGAUGCUGAGUUCUGAGUUCUGAGUUGCGGGUGGAUGUCUUUUGUGUGCGUGUGAUGGGAGGGAUGUAGCAUUGGACCAUGGGGUGGCCUAAUGACAUGGCAGGGGCAGAACUGGGCAAGAUUUGCUUCAUGGUUGGGAUGUAUACGAGCGAUUCCCUUUGCUAUGGGGCUGGGCGUUGUGGCUGUUUCCUAUUUACUUUUCCUCUUAUUUCUUUCCCAACUCAGCUGGCAUUUAUGAUUAACGAGCUAACGACCAAGAACAACAACACUUGAUGAGUAACGACUGACGACUUACGAACCAUGAUUGAUGAUCGACGACAGGGACGGACGGGAUAUAGUCAGACAGCAGGGCUACUUGGCGGUUGACGCUGCCUGGAAGAAGGCUGGGCUGCACGUAUUGUUGCUCAAAACACAUGGGAUGCGCUGCGUUUACAUAGAUGACUACUCCGGUAUGUAUCUAAUCUGUUAGAUUCGCUUCGUCACCAGCA